ACCGCGAUACUUGUGCUUUAAAAUGUCGAUCCAGCCCAACAUGUCAGGGAAAGACCAAAGUGGCUGGUAAUGUGCUGAAACAAAGUGGUGUUCUGGGAACAGAAAACAACCUAGUUUGGAAUAUAUCUAUCUAUUGGGAGUCAAACCUACGUUGCUCGCUGACAGUGCUCCAAAACAGCUUGUAGCUUCGUCAACCCUGGGCUCGCUUGAAACAUUUAGCGACGCCCCCUAGCAUCCACUGCGACUAGUCGCGCAGUAACUAUAGCGAUUAGCUUGUAGCUUUCAAACCCCAGGGGCCAGGAUGCGAGAGGAUUCUUUGUGAGGAACGACCCCAUCCACGUGCCAUGUCUUUGGUUUUCCCUCGACCCAACACCAACGCAGUACACGGCAAGAAGGAUAAGAGACUGAUGGCGGAAGUGAAUGCAUCACCACUCAAGCAUUUUGUCACGGCAAAGAAGAAGAUCAACGGGAUCUUUGAGCAGUUGGGGGCCUACAUCAAGGAGAGCGCUUCCUUUCUGGAUGAUACUUACAAAAAUGAAGAGCUGGACCCAGUCGCCACAGAGGAGCAGGUCCAGGAGGUCCAGGGCUACCUGGCCAAGGUGGCAGGGAUUGGAGAAGUACUUGCACGCAGGCAUAUGAAGGUGGUCUUCUUUGGGAGGACGAGUAAUGGGAAGAGCUCGGUGAUCAAUGCCAUGCUCUGUGACAAGGUGCUGCCGUCUGGAAUAGGACACACCACCAACUGCUUCCUGAGGGUGGAGGGCACCGAUGGCAAUGAGGCCUUCCUGCUCACGGAAGGCUCCGAGGAGAGGAAGAGCAUAAAGACGGUGAACCAGCUGGCCCACGCGCUCCACCAGGAUGAGGAUCUGGACGCCGGCAGCUUGGUCUGCGUCAUGUGGCCCAAAGCCAAGUGUGCUCUGCUCAGGGAUGAUCUGGUGUUGGUGGACAGCCCGGGGAUAGAUGUUACCACAGAACUGGACAGCUGGAUUGACAAGUUCUGCCUGGAUGCUGAUGUUUUUGUUCUGGUGGCAAACUCUGAGUCCACACUGAUGCAGACGGAGAAGUCUUUCUUUCACAAGGUCAAUGAGCGGCUCUCUAGUCCCAACAUUUUCAUCCUCAACAACCGCUGGGACGCCUCAGCCUCCGAACCUGAAUACAUGGAGGAGGUCCGCAGGCAGCACAUGGACCGCUGCACCAACUUCCUGGUGGAUGAGCUGGGUUUGGUGGACCGAGCCCAGGCCAGUGACCGCAUCUUCUUCGUCUCUGCCAAGGAAGUCCUUCAGGCUCGUGUGCAGAAGGCUCAAGGAAUGCCUGAAGCAGGUGGAGCUCUUGCAGAGGGAUUUCAAGCCAGAAUGUUUGAGUUUCAGAACUUUGAGAGGCGGUUCGAGGAGUGUAUCUCGCAGUCAGCGGUGAAGACCAAAUUUGAGCAGCACACCGUGAGGGCCAAACAGAUCUCUGAAGCCCUGCGCCGCAUCAUGGAUUCAGUACACAUUGCUGCACAAGAGCAGAGGGUCUACUGCCUUGAGACAAAAGACGACCGCCAGGACCGAUUGGAAUUCAUAGACAAGCAGUUGGACUUGUUGACCAUGGACUGUAAGGCCAAGAUCAAGAAGAUCACUGAGGAGGUGGAGAGACAGGUGUCUAAUGCCAUGUCAGAGGAGAUCAGGAAGCUCCAUGUGCUGGUGGAUGACUUCCACAUGGACUUCCACCCAUCACCAGUGGUACUCAAGGUCUACAAGAAUGAGCUCCACCGGCACAUAGAGGAGGGUCUGGGCAAGAACAUGUCCGAGAGGUGCUCCACCUCCAUCACCAGUUCCCUGCAGGCCACGCACACAGACAUGAUCGAGGGUCUGAAGCCUCUGCUUCCCAACCUGGUCAGAGAGCAGGUAGACAAGCUGGUUCCCCGUCAGUGCUUCAGCCUCAGUUAUGACCUGGCCUGUGACAAGCUGUGCAGUGACUUUCAGGAGGACAUCAGCUUCCACUUCUCUCUGGGCUGGACCAUGCUGGUCAACCGCUUCCUGGGCCCUAAGAACACCCGGCGGGCCCUCAUUGGCUACAACGACCAGGUGCCCAGGCCCCUGGCUCUGACUCCUGUCAGCAGCAGCAUGCCUCCGUUCCCCCAGAGCUCCGUCACCCAGGAGGAGCUCAUGGUCUCCAUGGUGACUGGGCUGGCUUCCCUUACAUCUCGUACCUCCAUGGGUGUCCUUGUGGUUGGCGGCGUGAUCUGGAAGGCAGUGGGCUGGCGUCUGAUCGCCCUGUCAGUGGGUCUGUACGGACUCCUCUACAUCUACGAGCGGCUCACCUGGACCACCAAGGCCAAGGAGAGAGCCUUCAAGAGACAGUUUGUGGACUACGCCAGCGAGAAGCUGCAGCUCAUCGUCAGCUACACUGGAUCCAACUGCAGCCACCAAGUCCAGCAGGAGUUGGCAGGUGUGUUUGCUCAGCUCUGCCAGCAGGUAGACGUCACCCGUCAGAACCUGGAAGACGAGAUCACCGACAUGAACAGCAAGAUGGAGCUGCUGGAUAGCCUUCAGAGUAAGGCCAAGCUGCUGCGGAACAAGGCGGGCUGGCUGGACAGUGAGCUCAACAUGUUCACCCAGCAGUACCUCCACCACAGCAAGUAGAGCACUCAGAGGAUUGGCUGAGAGACUGAGAAAUACCAGAGGAACAUCUGGAACACCUGCCGAACCCCUCCCCCCCCCACCCCCUGUAGAUGACACACUUCUGUAUUUAGAAGUUAAUGAGAGGAAAUACUCCAAAAUGUUGUGAAGAGAAGACGAGAAAAGAGAAGGGAUGGUUUGAUGUGAGAGGAAGAGUUACCUGGUGGCUGAGACGGCCAUACGUGGACCUGAGCUCCGGUUGGGUGUCCUGUGCUCAGCUGGUGACCUGUCACACAAAACUAAAAAGUGAGUCAGCUAUUAGAUAGAAGCCACAACAUAAAAUAUUAAAUGGAAGAAAAAAAAAAAAAAAAAAAGGUUUAACCAACCCCCUACCAUGCCCUCAGUGUAUUUCCUGAUGCUUGUUCUUAUCAUUGAGCACUUUGAAGUCCAGUCGUGGUGAUAUGUCACCAGAUGUCUGACGCGUCUCAGCACUGGACAUCGUUGGCACUGUCACAAACUCCACACUGGCCUUUUUACAUCCGAUUCUAGUUAACUCUCGCCACAUUGAACGUGUGUAGGUUUUGAUUUUGUAAAUACAUUAGGAACAGCGGACAACGCCAUGCUGACGUAAAAAAGGCAGUCUACAUGAGGGAAUAGAAGGAAGGGGCUUCUGUUAGAAGGAUACUGCAACAUCAGUUAUAACUCCAGCUGUUGUUGUUGUUGUUGUUUUUGGGAAAAUGUAGCCCUGUUCAGAGGACAAAGCUGUUGGAAAUGAUCUUGGUUGUGGUUGGAGGUUGCCACUGAGAAACAACUGUCGUGUUGACCUGCGCUCCUUUUUUGUCAAUCAAAGUGACGAGAAGGAGGACCACUCCUCCCUCUCAAAGCUUGGUCCUGUGAGCACUGAGUAGAAGUGUCAACAGCUGUUGAUGGUCUCAGAGUGGAGAUGGCUGAUUAUUUAAACUACAUAUAAACCCCUUGGCCCUAUAUGUAAAAUAGCCUGACGUCUACAUUCGUAUGUAGUGCAUUUGCUUUACUGUUCCUUUAGAGGGUAAACCUACAUCUUUGUUUUACAAGGAUACUGAAGUUGCUUGGGCUGUGAAGUCAUUGAAUACAUUUUAGAAUUUUAAACAACAAAGGAGAAAAAUGUAAAAUUCCUUUAUCCUAACUUUUAAGGGUAAAGAGAAAAUAGUGCAUUUGUUGGGGGACUGUGUGGAUCAUGGGACAGUGUGAACAAUGGAACUACAUGGCACAGAGGAAUGAGAUGUAUCGGGCGUUGGGUAUACACACAAUACUUAAUAGGAUACAUUCAUUUGUCGAAGAAAUUUGUUUCAUUCACUUUGUAUUCCACAACUUUGAAGACUAGAGCCUAUGUCAGAUGUUAUCAGCACGUGUCAUCUAUUAAAGCCGGAAUCUUUGCCCAACCCAGUUUGUUUUGGCCGUCGUUGGGCAAAGAUUGCAUUUGUUUUUCAAGUGUUCUGAGAGAAAACCAGGACUUGUGUGCCUCCUCUUUGGCUCUCUCUCAGGCUUUAGAAAAUCUAGUCUGUGAUGGGAGACUUUGGCCAAUCGCCGGUCAUUUCAGAGAGAGAGCUUUCCUAUUUGCAGGUCCCUUCACAACUCUGGGCCCGUCGCAUGAUGCCCUUAGAGCCCAAAAAGACUUUUUCCCCAUCGAUAUACAUGGCGAGAGAAAGGUCGGUUAAGCUGCGGAUAGUUUUUUUUUUUUUUUUAACGUCGCAACCCUUGUGAAUUGACCCGUUUUACUAUCAGAAUUUGAUCCGAUAACAUUUGGAAAGUGUAGAAGAGCAGCAUGAUUAAGUCAUCGUAUACCCACUCAAAUUAGGCGGGGUGCUUCACGCAACUCUCAGAGGAAUGAACGGAGCUCCGCCUCCAACGCUGUAUCCAAUUCUUAUUAUACUAAUACUAUUAUCUAUGCCCACAGCUUUAAAUAGCAGAUGUCAGCACAUAAAUGCCAAAGAUAUGUCUGAGGACAAUUAAGGAGCUGUCUCCAUUAGACUUUGUCCACCAGAGAGCGGCGGAGUUUAUAUUUACUCUAUAAAAUGUCCCACUCAGCAGAUAUACUCGUCACUGGUCAUUAUUUAAUAACCACAAUGAAAGAAUUCUCAUCACAAAUGUUAAUGUUCCUGUAAUGUGUUUAUGUGAAACGAUAGCUCUGACUUGGCGGAUUAUGAUAUGAUGAUGAUGAUGAUGAUGAUGAUGAUGAUGAUGAUGAUGAUGAUGAGCCUAUAAAAUCCAUUGGUCGGUCUCCGACACCUUUACAUUUCAUGUCCUCAACCACAAAAUGUUUGGAUUUUCAAAACGUCCGUGUGGAGUUCAGAGGGGAUUUGGUAUGUCAGGUGAACUUAAAAACAAACUGCGUGGGUGUGCAACUUCAUUUUCAGCUUUCUCUCAUUAAACUCGGAAUCCUGACUUUUCUCACCAUUCACAAAUGAUCUCCGGCGUCGGAACGACUUUCGUGCGGCCCUAAUUGUCUUCCGUACAUAUUUAAUAAAACCGACCCAACUGUUAACAUGAUUCUGAUGUGAGAUGGUAGCACUGGCAGUCAGUCUCCUGUGUAUCACCACUACUCAGUACUUUUAUUUGGGCAGAGGAAGGUUUUUGUCUUGCACUGAAUGCAUAUGUGGCCAGGUCUCUGCCAGCGUCACCGAAGGUUCCACUUAAAAACAAAGAGGUAGGAACUACAUAUGAUGGCGUAUGUAAGAGGGGCCAAAUCUAGCAUCAGCUCCCCUUUUUUUAAUGAAAUUGUACUCUUGGUUUCUAAAAUAUGUAUAUAAUGUAAUUUAUUAAUUUGCCUUUCAAUUGGAACCAAUGGGGAAAUUGCUGAAGGAGACAAAACCACACCAGACUGGAUGUGCCUGAAUUAGUCCAGUAUGUAAAAGUUGUGGUCGAUUGGGCCAUGCUGUCAAUGAAAGCCAUACACUGCGUGUUGCCAAUUGAGCAGGAAGGCUGCCGUGAAGAUAUGCACUUUAUCAGUUUGCUGCUUUUUUUUGGGAUUUUUUUCUUUUCUUUGAUGAAGUUAGUUUUUCCCCAGAAUCCUCUCUACACAACACAAAGUUAGUGGUUUGGCUUCAGGAAGGUGAAAGUACCUAGCAUGCAGUGUGGAUGUUGUAGUUUGUUCUAAUGUUCAAAUAUGUAUGUAUGUAUGUAUGUGAAAAAUAAAGGUGACACCAUGCAAAAACAGC